AGUAAGAGCUGAGGAUAGUGGAAAAGUUGAUGGUAUUAAAACAAGCACAUUGUCGUAUACAGUCACAAUCACUGAUGUAAAUGACAACACACCUGCAUUCAACCCUGCUGCGUAUGUAUUCACAAUUGAGGAAGACAGUUCUACUGGAACCACGGUUGGAACAUUAACAGCCACUGAUAUUGACGAUGGGGCCAAUCAAGAUCUUUCAUAUACCAUUACUUCAGGCAACACAGAUAACAUAUUCAGAGUUGACAAAAUUAUUGCUACGCAAGUUGCUGAAUUAAUCAUUGAUGAUAGCACCAAUUUGGAUUAUGAAGCAUCACAGAAAUAUUCAAUGGUGUUAACAGCAACUGAUAGGGGGUCAUUAUCUUCAACAGCACGAAUUGAGGUAAUUAUUCAUGGCAUAAAUGAGGAAACACCUGUCUUUAUCCCUUCAAGUGUGUACACGAGUACAAUUGCUGAAUCAUCAGCCCCUGGUUCUGUAAUAAUGACAGUUUCCGCAACAGACGGUGAUAUUGGGAAAGAUGGAGAUGUAUUUUAUACUCUUGUAUCAGGUGCAUCAGGAAAAUUUUCAAUAGAUUCAAUUUCCGGGGAUUUAAAAAUAAUUUCCAAAUUGGAUUAUGAAACACAAAUAGCCUAUACCCUACUAAUUUCAUGUGCAGACAAUGGUAUAAAUCCAACGGCAUAUACAUCAACUGGCACAGUGAGUGUUUUCAUAACCGAUUCAAAUGAUGAGGCUCCUGUUUGUACUCAAAAUUCAUAUGUAGUAAGUCUUUCAGAGAAUACAUCACCUGGGGAUGUUAUAACCACAUUGAUGUGUUCAGAUACAGAUGGGACAUCACCAAACAGGGAUCUGUUAUAUGAGAUGACUAGUGGCGACGCAACAUUUUUCGGAAUUAAUAUGAAUCAAUUAGUUGUUUGGACUGGAGCUUCAUUUGACUAUGAAUUGGUCAAAACUUUCUCCGUUACCAUCAAAGUUAAAGACCAAGGAGUUCCUCAACAUUUUGCAAUGGUUGAAGUAACAGUGCAAAUAUCUGGAGUUAAUGAGCAUCCUCCAGUAUUUUCGGCAGCAAUAUAUAAAAUAUCUGUAAUAGAAGAUGCUGCAAUCGGUACAUCUAUUGGAAGGAUAAUUGCUACAGAUGCGGAUGAGGGGACCGAUGGGGAUGUGAGGUUCACAAUCUCUAAU